AUGAGUUGCGAUGCAGUUUUUUGUAUACUAUAAUUCGACCAUGACGAUAUUCAGCCGCAUAGCACCAUGGUUAGAAGUCAACUUGGAUCAGAACUGGAAAAUCGGGCUCCGUAUGUAUGGGUAUAAUGUAACGAGCACAAGAACCAGGUUUAAGUCCUCAAUGAGAAAUGAUAAUCAAUGAGAUUUCCGAAAUGUCAUCGCUACGACGUAGUAUCAUUGAUAAACCUAUUAGUGCUAUGCAGCCUCUCAAAGACAUCGAAAACAGCAAGAUGGGAAUCUCCAAGCAACAUCGGUAUUGUCUAUAUACCCGAUCUCCUAAACCUACCCGACGUAAAGGACAGACUCCACAAGUUCCGUGAUAGCUCGCGCACUGUCCAGCCUCUAUGCAACGCUCUCGAGGAGGUGGUUAUUUGCAAGACAGUGGGCGUCAACCUUCCUACAUGCUGGGGAUGACGCCGAAGUAAGAGUCAAGGUGAAACGACGCAUCCCAUCGCACCUUGCCAACAUCCGUGACUC